CCUGGGGCGGGCAUCCAAUCUUGUUCAUCUUUUUUUGUUCUUCCCUUACCACCUUGUGCUGAGCAUCGAUCUUUUGUUUGAUACCUCCCUCAAACCCGCCAGCCAUUCUUUGAAAGCAAUACAAAAGAGGUCGUCGACGACGAUUACAACCACCACUCAUUAACGCAAAAGCUGCCACCUGGUGUGGAUUAUUUUCUCUCACGAUGCCUUCAAUCGCCCAUUUACAAACCCUCCUCCUCCUCGCCCUCGCCACAUUCGUCCUCGCCGCUCCCAGACAGACCCAACAAAAGCGAAGCUUCGUCGUCGAGCGAAUCCCCAACCCAGCCUUCAAAGGCCGCACACCUGGUGCCGGCACGAGAGCCUUGAUCAAGGCAUACCGAAAAUAUGGCGUUGCCCUCCCCGAGGGUCUCGUUGAUGCUAUGAACUCAGCGAACGCCGGAUCAACCGCCAACGCCCUGACGAACUCCCUGGCCGAUCUCACUGGAGCCACCGACGACAAGGCGAAGAAGGAGAAGGCGAAGGGAAACAAGGCCGGUACCGCGUCUGCGGCUGCCAACUCUACAACUAGUGCUACCAAUGCCACCGCGGGAACUGGCGUCGUGGCUGCUACCCCCGAGCAAGGUGAUGUCGAGUACCUGGCUCCCAUCUCCAUCGGCGGCCAGACCAUGGUCAUGGACUUCGACAGCGGCUCCUCCGAUCUCUGGGUCUUCAACACGCAACUCGCAACAGCCUCGCAAACCGGACACACCAACUUCAACCCCCAGAAAUCCACCUCCUUCAAGCUCAUGCAAGGCGCCACCUUCUCCAUCUCGUACGGUGACGGCUCCGGAGCCGCUGGCAACGUCGGAACAGACACCGUCAACAUCGGCGGCGCCACCGUGACCUCGCAAGCCAUCGAACUCGCAACCGCAGUCUCGACCUCCUUCGUCCAGGACACGCAAUCCAACGGCCUCGUCGGACUCGCCUUCUCCAAGCUCAACACCGUCAAGCCCACCGCGCAGAAGACCUUCUUCGACAACGCCAUGCCCAGCCUCGCCAUGCCCGUGUUCACCGCUGAUCUCCGCAAGGCCUCCGUAGGAGCUUACACCUUCGGCGCCAUCGACAGCACGCGCUUCAACGGCUCGCUCUCUUGGGCAGCAGUCAACACCACGAACGGCUUCUGGCAAUUCUCGUCCUCGAAGUUCGCCGUCGGUACCGGUGCCACCAUGACUGUUGCCGGUGGCCAAGCCAUCGCUGAUACCGGAACCACCCUUAUGUUGGCCAACGCUGCGAUCGUCAACGCGUACUACAGCCAAGUUACCGGGGCGGUAAACAAUGCUACCGUGGGAGGCGUGACCUUCCCUUGUAAUGCGAACUUGCCUGAUUUGGCGGUCGAUGUGGGAGGAAACUAUAUGGCGACUGUUCGCGGUGAUGAUAUUAAUUUCGCGGCCGUGGAUGCUACUGGUCAGACCUGUUUCGGCGGCCUCCAAGCCAUCCAAUCCGACCUCCAGAUCUACGGCGACAUCAUGUUCAAAUCCCAGUUCGUGGCCUUCAACGGAGGAAACAACUCGAUUGGCAUGGCCGCCCAUCAAUCCUAAUCUUGUGUAAUUAUCAUUUCGAUCGGAAGAAGUUAGAGCGAGAGGGGGGGAAUUUCAGGGGCGGAAGGGGAAGAAGUGUGCUGCUUUUUUUUUCACUUGCCAAUGUACAAAUUUAUCACGCCUUAGACAGGAUCGAAACGUAUAGUACGUACAGUACCCGGUUGAUUGAAAGAAAGAGAGAUUGAAUGAAUGAAUGGAAUGAAUGGCUUGUGUUUUUUUUCUCUCGGUGAGAUGUG